AUGCUCACACAUCUGUCCGCGAAAUUCAAUUCCGCACCUGAAGGACACCAUGAGCCACGAGCAGCGCUAAUCCUUAAUCGGUUCACGCGGACCUUGACAAUUUUAUACGCAACACAUGCUCUUGGUGAUAUACUUAAUUUCCCCCCGGAUGAGGCGAUCGGAAAGAGUUUCUACGAAUGUAUCCAAGAGAACUGCCUGCAAGAAGCUGUGGAUGCCCUCGAAAGGGCGAAGGAAAACGAUUCAAUUGCAUACUUGAGAUUCCAAUGGAGGGAUCCUAGACAGGCACCGGCGAUAGCGGCGGCAGCAGCAGCAGAACAGCGACGUCGUAGAGAUGCUCCCCAGAAUGGUAGUAGGAAUCGCCCGGGUACAGGAUUCCACCAGGCCGAGGGAUCUCGUUCAGCAACUGUUCAGAAUUGGGUGGAUAGGGACGAUACGAUGAAGAGUGUAAUGAAAGACCAGGACACAGAUAUGAUAAGUGACGAGGAACAGGGGGAGGACGAUGAGGAAGAGGGGGCAUACCUGAGUGGCAAUUCUACCUCCCAGUCUAGUAUGUCACAAUCACCCGAACCAGUGGUGGAGGUUGAAGCAGUGAUUUCAUGUACCUCAGAUGGGUUGGUGGUUGUUCUUCGGAAAGCUCGGCCCACCGUCCCUGCGCCGCAUCAUCCACCGCUGUAUCAUGGAGUUUUUGCGUCGCCAUGGGCUCAUGCUCCUCUUGUUCCACCAGCACAGCUCCCUCCUGUGCCUGGAGGCCCUCCGGCAGGAGAUUUCAUGGAUAGUAUACGUCAAGUGGCAGUCUUCGCAUGGAGUUUACGAACAAUCAAUAUGGACAUGCUCCAGUACGCAUCAAAUUCUGGCCCUGAAGAGGCGGACCCCAAAUACACUAGAGGCAGCUGA